GUUUGAACUUCUUAUAGGAAGCCAAGGUUUACACAAAUUACUUGUUUUUUUAAAAAGAAAUUUACGCGGGCAUGCUUAGAUUGAUUUGUCAAAGAACGUUUCAGUGUGCAAAUUUCGCUCCGCAUUGUAAAACCAACGCUCGGAUUAGCUUUUCGCGAUGUGGGUACGCUGCCCAAGCAGCAGCAGCUGCCCCAUUGGGCCAACACCCCCCUGUCCACGCAGAGCGUCCCAACUCAGAGUUCGAUUCUCACGCAUACGCUGCUAUGCUUCAACAUUGUAUCCGAAACGGUGACUCGAAUUCCGCAAUGGGUCUUCACUGCCGGAUCUUGAAGAAAGGUGGUUGCUUGGACUUGUUUGCUCUCAAUAUUCUUCUUAAUAUGUACGUGAAAGCGGGUAUGCUGUCUAAUGCCACUACGCUGUUUGACGAAAUGUCUGAAAGAAAUACUAUUUCUUUUGUUACGUUGAUCCAGGGAUUUGCGGACUCUCAACUUUUUGUUGAUGCAGUAGAGUUGUUUCGCCGGCUGCAUAGAGAAGGCCAUGAGCUUAACCAAUUUGUGUUUACUACAAUUUUGAAGUUACUUGUGAGGAUGGGAUGGGCUGAGCUGGCUUGGACCAUCCAUGCUUGUAUUCAUAAGCUUGCACAUGGCUCUAAUGCCUUUGUUGGGACUGCUCUCAUUGAUGCCUACUCUGUUUGCAGCCACGUUGAUGUUUCUAGGGAUGUUUUUGAUGAGAUUGUUUGUAAGGAUAUGGUAGCUUGGACUGGGAUGGUAGCAUGCUAUGCUGAGAAUGGCUGUUUUGAAGAAGCACUCGAACUCUUCAGUCAAAUGCGGAUGAUUGGAUUCAAGCCUAACAAUUAUACUUUUACGGGUGUGCUUAAGGCCUGUGUUGGUUUAGAGGCCUUAAAUGAAGGGAAGAGCGUCCAUGGGUGUGUAAUGAAAUCAUGUUAUGAAGGGGAUCUAUAUGUGGGUACUGCAUUGCUUGAUAUGUACACCAAGUUUGGAGAUGUUGAGGAGGCUCGGCAAGUAUUUCAAGAGAUGCCCAAAAAUGACGUGGUUCCUUGGAGCCUCAUGGUUUCACGGUGUGCUCAGAGUGACCGUUGUGAAGAGGCUCUGGACUUGUUUUGUCAGAUGAGGCAAGCAUUUGUUGUUCCCAACCAGUUUACAUAUGCUAGCACACUGCAAGCUUGUGCAACUAUGGAGCGUUUAGAUUUUGGGAAGCAAAUCCAUUGCCAUGUAAUCAAGGUUGGUCUUGAUUCAGAUGUCUUUGUUUCAAAUGCUCUCAUGGGUGUCUAUGCUAAAUGCGGAAAGUUAGAGAACUCUAUGGACUUAUUUGUGGAAUCACCAAAUAGAAAUGAUGUAUCUUGGAACACGAUGAUUGUUGGAUAUGUUCAGUUAGGUGAUGGGGAGAAGGCGUUGGCUUUGUUUUCAAAUAUGCUUAGAUGCCAAGUGCAGGCUACAGAAGUGACUUACUCUAGUGCUCUCCGUGCUUCUGCUAGCCUAGCAGCAUUGGAGCCAGGAGUUCAGAUACAUUCUAUAACGGUCAAAACCAUAUAUGACAAAGAUACUGUAGUGGGUAAUUCUUUAAUAGACAUGUAUGCUAAGUGUGGGAGCAUCAAAGACGCCCGCCUGGUGUUUGAUAAGUUGAAGCAACGAGAUGUGGUUUCAUGGAAUGCGAUGAUCUCAGGAUAUUCUAUGCAUGGUCUUGGCCUGGAGGCUCUAAAGAUUUUUGAAAUGAUGCAGGAAACAAAUUGCAAACCAAACAAGUUAACUUUUGUCGGUAUUUUGUCAGCAUGUAGCAAUGCAGGACUAUUAGAUCAAGGACAGGCUUAUUUUAAUUCUAUGGUGCAGAACUAUGACGUUGAACCGUGCGUAGAGCACUAUACUUGUAUGGUCUGGCUGUUAGGGAGAUCAGGCCAUCUUGAUAAGGCUGUGAAGUUGAUUCAGGAAAUCCCAUUUGAACCUAGUGUUAUGGUAUGGCGUGCUUUGCUCGGAGCUUGUGUUAUCCAUAAUGAUGUGGAACUUGGAAGGAUUGCUGCCCAGCAUGUUCUUGAAAUGGAUCCCCAAGAUGAUGCUACCCACGUGUUAUUGUCAAACAUAUAUGCCACUGCAAGGAGAUGGGAUAACGUGGCUUCUGUCAGAAAAAACAUGAAAAGGAAAGGAGUAAAGAAGGAACCCGGCCUAAGUUGGAUUGAGAACCAGGGCACAGUUCAUUAUUUCAGUGUGGGGGAUACUUCACAUCCUGACAUGAAACUGAUCAACGGGAUGCUGGAAUGGUUGAAAAUGAGAACUUUGAAGGCAGGACAUGUUCCCAAUUAUAGUGCCGUUCUGCUUGAUGUGGAGGAUGAUGAAAAGGAGCGCUUCUUGUGGGUACACAGUGAAAGGUUAGCUCUAGCAUUUGGGUUAAUUAGAACAUCACCUGGGAGCCCUAUUCGUAUCAUUAAAAACCUUCGAAUAUGCGUGGAUUGCCAUGCCACAGUGAAGUUAAUAUCAAAAGUAGUGCAGCGAGAUAUUGUUGUUCGAGAUAUCAAUCGGUUCCAUCACUUUCAGGAUGGAAUUUGCUCUUGUGGUGAUUACUGGUGAUUGAUCUGCCUUAUUGGGAUCUAUGAUUCCUGGAGGGUUGAACUGAUGAAGUCACCUUGUUCUCAAGGUAAUGAGCUCCAUCCCAGGUAAUUCCUUAUCGAUGACCAAUUAUGUGAGCAAUUACUUUCACUUUCUUGGGUCUAGCUAAUUAUUUUUCUUUACAGUUCUUAAUGGUUCGAAACUGACAUUAAAACCUUCUACUAGUUGCGUUCUGGCAUGAAUUUGUGCACAUAGGUGUUGCCCACUUUUUUUAUGUCUCUUUUUUCUUGUUCCUCAAGUAAUUCUAGGUCAUGAAGUUCUCAUUGUGUAGAGUGCAUAAGUCCACAUGAAGGCAUUACUUAUUGAUUAAUCAUUUCUCUCGAAAUACUUUGGCCUUUUAGUAUAGAAUAUCUAGUUUGGCCUCUGUGAUAACCAUUAUAAAGUUUGCACCUCCUUUUCUCAUUUGCGGUUCCCAGCAUUUCCUUAAAUAAAGACUUCUGGAUCCAAUUGUCCAAAUGUGAACUGCUACUUCUACUGAACUUGCUAAAUGAUUUCUUAUUGAUACUUUGGAAAUUUUUUUCCUUUUUCACCGUUCUUGCUUUGACUAAGACAACUUCCUUGCUCCCAUUGUAUUCUUUUUAUUUAAUUUAUAUAUUUCAUUGUCUAAUUUCAGAACUACGAACAAAAAGAACAUAAUUUUCAAUUUCAGUAUAAUUUGGCCUACCAAUUAUGACCAACGUGAAAUAAGAGUAUGACAUUUCAUGUAAUGAUUUUGUCCAGUACUAAUCUAUAAUCAUGAUAUUAACUUCAUACUCAUCGUGGAAGUUUUACACCACCUCAUUACAGGUAUUUGUCUGCAUGCGUUGUCGUUGUCACUAUAAAGAUUAUAAAGAUAAUGUAAAUUGUACAUCAAUUUAUCCCUAUCUAUUUGGGCGUCACAGUCAGUUUAGGAAGGAAAUGUGACCUUGAUUCUUAUAUUUCUUAUUUUUUAUCCAACUUUUUUCCCUUUUAGAAAAGUGUGCUUAUUUGGUUUGUACAAAAUAACAAAAUUUUAUUUUGCUAUCAAGUUGUUGAUAUGUUACAUUUAUGAAUGUCUGUGUUCAUGCACCCAUGUGUACAUAGUAUUUUACCUAAUUAUAUAUGUAUGUUGGCAUAUUCGUGACCUUAAUCCAUAUUCAAGUAUAAGGGUCAAAGAUUAAAAAUAUUUUAAUGGUUUUCCUUUCAAUUGAAGUAUGCGCAAGCAUAAUCAAAUUGUGAAUGCAUUGACUUGAUACAAAAGAAUGCGUAAUUUUCUCUUUUUAGUCUGAGCGUUGAUAAUCAUAGAUUCCGCGAUAUGCGAUAUCCAUCAAUUAUCUCCUAUAAAUUGCGUGUCAUAUCAAACUUGUUGGUCAUUUGUGACAUUAGACAUCAUAUCACACUGAAAAAAUUUCCAUAUUGGCACUUCAACUUUUGAAUCAUCUUAAUUGCGAUUAUGAAUCAUGACUUUUUGACUUAUGAGUCUCAUCUUGUAGAUAUCGUUUUAGGUGGUAGUGGAUUGAGAAAAUUCAUGAUGGAUUAGGAAAUUGUCAUUCGUAAAGUAGGAGCGCUUGUCAUUGACUCAACUUGCUUUUGAGAUCAGCAAGAACAAACUAAUGUCUAAGAUGUGUAACUAAAAGUGAGGGAAGAUGUGGAGCUUGAUACGUCAGCAUCAGUUUGUAAGUGUUACACAGUGUGUUCUGUUGUCAAAGCAAGAGAAUAUUAAGAUGCCUCUGUUUGACAGCGAGACUCCUCCUAUUCAAGACCAGUCUGAUUCUGAGAAUGUUGGUGGGGAAGGUGACUUACAGAAGGCUAAAUAUAGUCAGUUUCAGGAGAUUGCUUACGUCAAUUUUUUGAUCAGGUUAGAGUGUUGCUUUUGUUAAGCUUUCCGGAAUUUAGAGGUCUUGAAUAUACUUCCAAGUCACACAAGCUUGUCAGAAUCUUAUCUUGCCAAUGGUGAUUAUUAGAAGAGAUUGGUGAAACUAUUUGGAACUUGUAUGAGAACAUUUACAUGCUAGAUUUUAGAGCCCUUUGAAGCACACACAUAUAAAUCUUGAAACUAUAACAGCUAGUUGUACAGGUCUAAAUUCAAACUUGUUGUAGCAUCAUUGAAGUGGUGGCCAAUGAUGGUCUUUGUCUCAUGCAAUGGAUAUGUGCCCUUAA